AGGGCUGUCCUUGAAGAGAUGUUCCAGAUCCGUGCUGGCAAGAUCCGCCGAUCAAUUGAAGAGGGAAAGCUCGCCACCGCCGAGGCCUUGCAGCAUAAGGUGAUUCAGCGACGUGAGAGUGUAGUCGAAGUCCAAUGUUAACAAUAGCUUGUUAAUGUAUGUGUGCGCAGCACUUCUACAGUAACUCACAUCAUUAUCUUCUGCUUUCUUGUCUUGAUAUGUCUUUUCUGUUGGUUUCAAUAGGAACGCUGAGAAACUCGCGCCGUGAAAAUGCGCCCAGUCGAGCUAUGAGUGCACCAUCCGAGAGCGAAGGCGCGCCACAGACAACUUUUCAGACCAAUGACUCCAACAUGCAGACCCAAUCAUGGCUCCAGUCACAGAUGACAGACGAGCCUAGAAUGAUGGUCGACGAACCAAUGGAGCUUCCUGAUGGUCUUCAGGAUAGUAUCAUGGGCAUGACAUCAAUGGAUAGCAAUCUGUUUGGGGAUCAAGCAUCGACAUUCGGCCUCUCGGACCAUGAUAUUAUGUCCAGCUUCACCAGUUUUACUGCCAAACUCGGUGACACGUUGCUUGCGCGAAACGAUCCAGCUUUCGGUGGCGUAUCUGAGCAGGAUGGGUCCAGAAUGCGGCUCCAGUUCAUGGGUGCAAACGGUACUACAAGUGUGCCGUCGCUUUCGCCUACUUCGAUGGAGCGGUCGCCUACUAUCGCAAGCGAGUCUCUGUCACCUUCACCAUGGAUGCCCUGGGUAUCGUCCGAUCAAAGCCUUAUGGCAGAAACUCAGAAACAGCAGCAGGCAUUUGGACUUCAAGCUGGAUCGCAGGUCUCAGCAGAGCCGCAGCACGUUGUGCUGCCUAUGCAGUCGCAGUCGAUGUAUGCAGGCGUCCAUCAGACAUUCUUGGCUUCAACUGAUUCGCAGAUGGGCGAACCCCAACCUAUGUAUACUCAGGGCAUUUCCACUGAGGCAGGCAAGCUACCGCUACAGCAACAACAGAUGGAAACAUGGAACCAGUAUAUGCAAUAUUUGCUGUACCAACAGGAACAGGGACCGUUGCAGCAACAAUAUCCACAUCAGUUCCCACAGCAAGCACAGGUAACCCAGCAAACAUACCAGCAGUCAAUGGACCCUCAUUGGCAGGCGACCAUGAUGACUAUGAUGAUGGAUCAGAACCCGACGAUGGAAAGAGGAGUUUCGCCCAAUGCCAUGAGUAUGCCGUCUGGAGGCAGCUAUCAGGGCGCGCAGCCCGGACCUUAAUCUGUUUGCUCCCUGGUUCUUUUUUUUUUUUCCCGUUGCUAGCAGGUUUUUUUUUCUGUUGGGGUGAUUCCAUAUAUCUCUUUAUCGAUGCCUUGUGGGCAGUUGAAUAUUGUUCUUUCUUUUCUUUCUUGCCCUCAUUAGUUUGAUCAUGUACCAAUAUUAACCAUACGAGCAAAAUAUCACUACAUUGGCAUUACAAAAUUAAAUAUAAGUAAAAAGAAAAAGUGAAGCAUUGGACGAAGGCCG